GAUGGAGCUGCUCCUGCGAAGAAUAAAAAUACACUCCUAGCAAGCUAGCUAGACGAGUUAUGAAAAAGUUAUGUCUGGCUGUCAAGAGGAUAUAGAAAGACUAUUUUAUAACAUGGACGUUUUUCGUCGGAUUUCUGUACAUGAACUGUAGAAAAUAUCCCCAUGUCCAGAGCGCCGGCACUGGUGGCAAGUCAACUACGAAGGUAAGUUACUAGCUGACGUUGGCUAGUAAUGUCUCUAACGUUACCAUCCGCCGAUAUUCUAGAAACACCUCCUGGAUAUCCAUUCGAAGAAAUCAACUAUGAGGAUAUUGAAGUUGAGGAGGUGGUGGGGAGAGGAGCUUUUGGGGUUGUUUGCAAAGCUAAAUGGAAAGGCAAAGAUGUUGCAAUCAAGACCAUCGAGAGUGAAUCAGAGAGGAAAGCCUUUAUUGUUGAGCUCCGGCAGCUUUCACGUGUGAAUCACCCCAACAUUGUGAAGUUGUAUGGCUCUUGCCAUAGUCCAGUCUGCCUUGUGAUGGAGUAUGCUGAAGGCGGUUCAUUGUACAAUGUGCUGCAUGGUGCUGAACCCCUCCCCUAUUACACUGCUUCCCAUGCCAUGAGCUGGUGUUUUCAGUGUUCCCAGGGUGUGGCCUAUCUCCAUGGCAUGAAACCAAAGGCUCUCAUUCACAGGGACCUCAAGCCACCCAAUCUACUUCUAGUGGCAGGUGGCACUGUGUUGAAGAUAUGUGACUUUGGAACAGCAUGCGACAUUCAGACCCACAUGACCAACAACAAAGGAAGUGCAGCAUGGAUGGCCCCAGAGGUAUUUGAAGGCAGCAAUUACAGCGAGAAGUGUGAUGUGUUCAGCUGGGGGAUCAUUCUCUGGGAGGUGAUCACUCGCAGGAAGCCCUUUGAUGAAAUUGGAGGACCAGCUUUUCGCAUUAUGUGGGCUGUGCACAACGGCACAAGACCCCCUUUAAUCAAAAAUCUGCCCAAGCCCAUUGAGAGUCUGAUGACUCGCUGCUGGUCUAAAGACCCCUCUCAGCGGCCUUCCAUGGAGGAGAUAGUGAAGAUCAUGACUCAUCUAAUGAAGUACUUCCCAGGGUCUGAUGAACCCCUGCAAUAUCCAUACCAGUAUUCAGAUGAGGGACAGAGCAACUCUGCAACAAGUACAGGCUCAUAUGUGGACUACACUGGCACCAGCACAAGCAACAAAAGUGAAGCAAACAUGGAGCACAGUGAUUCGCAAGGGAGCAAUGAUACCAUCAAGAUUACACCUCAGUUUGCUCCUCACUUCAAGCCAAAGGGAGACCCAUUAAGGACUCUGCCUCUGUCCAGAGGGGGCAGUGUUGAGAGUCUGCCUGCACGAACACAGUGCCUGGCAUCAUCUGACAGCAAAAGAAUGAGUGCUGACCUGUCAGAGCUGGAGCCCAAGAUGCCAUUUGCACCUGCAGCACGCCCCCAGUAUAAACGAGGCCACCGUAAAACGGCAUCAUUCGGCACCAUUCUGGAUGUCCCCAAGAUCGUCGUCACAGCCUCAUGUGAACCUCAGAGACGUCGGUCAGUGCAGGAUCUGCCAGGCAUUGGCACAGAGUCCAGCCAGGGGAGCAGAAACAGCAGCCGGUCCUCCAGUCCUAGUGUGAGGAUGAUGCCACCUGAUAAGACGAGCAGCAGAGGUUACUUCUCCCCUGAUGACCCCACAGACACCAACGGCUCAGACAACUCCAUUCCCAUGGCUUAUCUCACCCUGGAUCACCAGCUGCAGCCGCUUGCUCCCUGUCCCAACUCCAAAGAGUCCAUGGCCGUGUUUGAGCAGCACUGCAAGAUGGCCCAAGAAUACCUGAAAGUGCAAACAGAGAUUGCCCUGCUCAUCCAGAGAAAGAAAGAGCUCAUCGCAGAACUGGACCAAGAUGAGAAGGACCAGCAGAACACGUCCCGUCUGGUGCAGGAGCACAAAAAGCUACUGGAGGAGAACAAGAGUCUGUCCACAUACUACCAGAAGUGCAAAAAACAGCUGGAGCUGAUCCGGGUCCAGCAACAGAAGAGACAGGGUACCUCGUGAUGAGACAGAGACAGUAUGAACUGCUACCACUCCCUCCCUGCCGACCCUUCCUCCCCCAGCACUAUAACACUACCCACUCUCAUGCUCUGCACACAUACACACUGUUCCCAGUCCAGCUUUGUAAAGAGACCUGCAUUCUACUGUGUCCUGCAUGUUGCAUUGUAGAUGAAGAAGACGUCUUCUGUACAUACCUUUGCACAUCCUCACAGUGUAUUCUGUGACCGCAGACCAAACAAUCACUGCAGCCCAUCCUGAUCCCCUCAGACCCUGCUGCUGUGCUCCGGGAUGGACCUUUUCUCCAGCGGCGGUGUGUCCUCUGAGUGUGAUGGCAGGCUGAUGAGUGUGGGUUGUGUGUCUCUCUAUGUUUGCUCUCAGGGCCUCUGGGCUGCCCGGUCAGUAUGUGUCCACUCCUCAGCUGACAGCCACACCGUCCUCCACAAUGUGAAAAGGCUUUUCAGCAAAAAUGUGUGAAUCACGUGCAGAAGUUUGAGAGCAGUGUGGAUGUUUGAAACCUGUUCUGCAGUGUGUGUGUGGUAUCCCUGUUCUGCACACACACCCCUUAAAUCAACCUAUUUAUCGCUAACCUGUCCCUUUUCUAGUCAUGAGCAUGAGCCUCUCCACAGACCUCUAUACCUGCUCAAGAUGUUUGAUGUAUUCACUUCUGAGAGGGUUUACUUCAUGCCAGACAUCAGAGAAAAAGGAAUAGCUCUGGGUGUGUUUGCAGCUGUAAUGAGCUGCUCCUCAUGCAGAGCAAAUACAGGUAGCUGUCGAUUCCCCUUUUCAUUUUGACUUCAGUAUUGUUUUUUGCGUGUAGAUGUUUUAUGUCUUUUCUAUUCAGUAGUUCACUUUGUAUGAUAGCUCCUGUGUCAUUUUUGCAUUUUAGGACAUGUUUUAUGUGGUCUGGGAAUGCCCUUGCGGACAAAAUAGAGGAGCCUGUAGCUCCCUAUUCAGUAUCUAGUUUGUUUUUAGUUCACAUGUUGCCUUAGAAGUUGCCUGCAUUUUAAGUGCUUGUUUUAUGUGACAUUUAGUGGGGAUAAAAGCUACAAAAAAAUAUAUUUUUAAUGUAAUGGACAUUGAAUGAAAUCCUUUCCUGAGGAGAGUGAGAACGAUGUAUGUUAGUAAGCUGUAAUAAUGUAAAUGUUUCCCUACGGCUUUACAUACAAAACGAUGACAUAUACUUUAAAAAGAAGGAUUGGAUGUUUUAUGUUUUUUUUUCUUGGUCUCAUAUCCCUCAAGUAUUUUUGCACAAUCACUUUGUUUUGUCUGAUCAUGUACAAAUUUUUUUUGAAGCAAUUCUGUUUUAAAAGUGCAAGACUUGAUGAGUCUUACUUUUAAAUCUGUUACUGUACAAGCGUGAGUCUUCACUGAUUCUCAUGAGUUUUCUGGUCACUAAGGAUUCUUUUACCAAACACACACCACACUGUUUAUUAAGUGUUUCCUAGUAACUUAUUGGGAAAAAAGGUACAGUAUAUGAUGGUGAGGAAGGCAUUAUGAAAUAAACUGAAUGGUGAAAAGAUG